AUGACGAGAGCUACCUGCGCAAAAUUCUGUGAGAGGAAGGGGGAUGUUGUUGUGGGAUAUGAAGACGGGACGUUAAGGCUGUGGAGUACGUCGGAGAGGAGAGUAUUGAAAAGUUUCCGCGGGCACAGAUCGCGAGUGCGUUGCGUUGCGAUGAGUGGGGACAGAAGACGUGUGGUAUCUGGAUCGUGGGACAAGAGCGUGCGGGUGUGGGACGUGGAGACGCGAGCACAAGUCGGAGACGCGUUAGUUGGACACACGAGUAGUGUGGGUAUCGUUGCGAUGAGUCGAGAGGAUGGGUCUGAGGCUGUCUUGGCCCAGUUGGACAAUGUAAGAGACUUGAGAUAG